CUCUCAUCCCCUACCUCUCCCCCUGCGCUACUCAAGUCUUGGCCCACAAAAAUGACUCCGUUUUCCGAGCUACACGAAGUAACUCCGUAGAGGGGCUUUCUCUCCUCCCUACCCCGAAAUCGCAGCUGGCAACUAAAUCCUCCCCUGAAAUGUGCAGACUGAAACCGCGGCUAUCCUCCAGGGAAGUUGCAACAAUCCAGAAACCGAGAAAACCCCAGCCUACCCUACAAAACACACAGUCCAGUUUAACAGCUGCUAAUAAUCACGUGCCUGAUCAUGAGCUGACCCUGCCAGGAAUUGCUGAAAUCCUGAUGAACAGAGCCCAUGCCAGAAAUUCACUGGGAAGAGUACUUGUUAAUGAACUAUUCAGAGUUCUAGAAAGUCUCCGUUGUGAUGAAAGGAUCCGCGUGGUAGUGUUUAAAAGUGAAGUCAAAGGCGUGUUUUGUGCAGGCGCUGACUUAAAGGAGCGUGCCCAAAUGAAUGAUACAGAGGUUGGACACUUUGUUCACAGGCUGAGAAGUUUAAUGGAUGAAAUUGCUGCACUGCCUAUGCCCACAAUAGCUGCAAUAGAAGGCUAUGCAUUGGGUGGGGGAUUGGAAUUGGCAUUAGCGUGUGAUCUUCGAAUAGCAGCUUCAUCAGCUAAAAUGGGCCUGAUUGAGACCACCAGAGGACUUCUUCCAGGUGCAGGUGGAACCCAACGCCUGCCCCGCUGUAUUGGAAUAGGUCUUGCUAAGGAACUCAUUUUCACUGGCAGACAGAUUAAUGGACAAGAAGCACUCUCAAUAGGAUUAGUAAACCACACAGUGCCACAGAAUGAUGAAGGGGAUGCUGCUUACCAGAGAGCAUUAACCUUGGCUAAAGAAAUUCUCCCUCAGGCUCCCAUCGCUGUGAAAAUGGGUAAACUGGCAAUAAACAGAGGGAUAGAGGUGGAUAUUGCAUCGGGGAUGGCUAUUGAGGGAAUGUGUUAUGCACAGAAUAUUCCUACAAGAGACCGCCAAGAAGGGAUGGCUGCCUUCAGAGAGAAACGUCCACCCCAGUUUAUUGGGGAAUAGCCCUCCAAGGAUUUCCUUAUUCCAGGGCAUGAGUCUUUAGGAAGUAAAAUGGAGGUGCACAACCUUAAACUUAAUGGAAAUUGUUAAAUAUUAAAUUCUACCAUCUUAAUUCUUUACCAUGGACACUGCUACAUUCCUGGACACUCCAUAGGAGACAGUUUUACAAGGAUAAUUAAGGUAUUGAACAGUUUCAUUAAACCAAAAACAAGGUUUUUUAGACUGUUAAAGCUAUAAUGACUAAAGUCAUAGGGGAGACUGGAGUUGUAUACUAAGCUGUCAGGAGAGACUUUUGCUAUUAGUCUAAAUCCAGAACAGGUUCACAGUGAAUGAAAGGCCAGUACAGUGGUCCAGCUGAAAGAAUUUGGCCUCAGUUCAUUUUAAGUGGGCACUAUACCUGCUUGUAACUACAACAGAUAGGCCAAAUGGAUAAACAAGUUUAAUGCCCGAACUAGCCUCUUAUACCUAAGUACAUGGAAGUGUUCAGGCCUGAAAGGGAAAGCAUAGAUUGCUGUUGGUCAUGGGAUCUGACCUAAAUUAAUUUCAGAACUCAUUACCAAUUUUUUGAAUUCAAAAGUUACUUUGUUUCCUCUUUGUAUUGUAUGAAAACCACAAAUAAACUCUGUGCCUUAA